CGGCGAGAAGAAAAAGCUGGAAUCCGAAGGAUCUGAAAAAUUGCUAUCCUAGGGACGGUCAGCUGGACCUUCUGUCCACCGCAGUCCAUUUGGCGCGUCACAUUACUCUCCACUGAUGACCGCUCAUUUCGCAACGCGACCACCGCCCCGCAACCCCGGGAUCUCGACCGUACGACGAUUCCGAAUGAUACUUCGCUCGACUGUACCUUCCGUAAACGCGCGUACGUACCUGUACAACUUCACCUGCGAAUCAUCGAAGAACUGUCGACUGUAGUUUUGACGAAAUUCACACCGUCGACGCGGCGAAAGAAAAAGCUUCGGAGGGGCUCGGGUGCGACGACGGCCCACCCAAGUAUCUCGGUGUAUCGCCUCUACCCCGUCCCCCCGCGUGGAACGAUAGGUGUUAUACGGCCGCCGCGGUAGUGUUGAAAAUAUUCGAAAUCGUUUAUCACCCCGAAAUAUAGGAAUCACGCUCGCCAGCCACACUUGUUCGCGGCGUGUCGCCGCGCGCAUAGCACAUGUGUCGAACCUGAAAUAUGUGGGCGUGGCCUUAAGGGUUGUAGCAGACACGUUCCGACGACCGAAUAUGUUCACCCCCUGGUCGCUCCACCCUCGAGCCAAGAUUCUGCCGCUCUCAUUGGCCAGAAACACCCCAGCCACCCCCGCGAAUCGUCGCCGUCUAGAUUUUCUAUCCCCUAAAUACGGGGCUGCCGCAACACAAUCCUCAUUUGAACGUGGACCAGCGUGGAGUAGCGUGUCGUCCCGUUCUAGAAAAGAGUGACAGAUGGUCGGAACUGCGAGACCGGCACUUUGAAGCUGACGCAGCAAUUAAGUGUGUGCUCCCCCUCCUCCCCCUCGAAAACGGGGCGACGGUGUGCUGUGCAUUGGAUUUUAACGCUCGGUCCGAGGUUUUCCACUGGACUGAAUCGCGACGCACGAUGACCAUGGAAGAUCGCUCCGGAGGGAUGGAGCGUGCGGCCCCCGCAACAGUGAACAACUUGACCUCUUCGUCGCCCUCCGACGCCUCGUAUCCCCUGCAGCGUUCGGUGAAGCGAUCCUUCGACGUCGCGUUUCUGGUAGCACCGGACGAGAAUCUAACCCGUCGUCAGAACGAGAAGCUAAGGCUCGUCUCGACGGAGAGUCUGAUCGAGACGAAGAACCACAACAAGACGCUAGAGAUCAACGUCACGACGGACCACGAACCCGACAAAAUGCCCCAGAAUUUGACCAUCAAACACUACGAUCUGGAGAGAAAGAUCCUUCAGAGGCCGGUCACUCCGCCGUACGUCUCGCCGCGAAUUCAGAUGACCGCCACCCCGAAGGUCUCGCCCGAAACGGAGAUAACGAGGAGGUACGGUCUGCCUCAACUCCAAAAAACGCCGAGUCCGCCGAUGUUUUUGAACCAAACCAACUUGAACAAAAUUAUAGAUUCCGCGGGGCUCGCGAUCGCUAAGGGCUACGACCCGAUCCCGUCGCCCGAUAAAACUGAGUCCAGGAGCGCUUUUACCAAGGUAGCGUUCGCCGGUCAAAAGAACGGGUUCGACGGUGGCCAGAUGUCGCCGAGGUCAUCCAUUUCGCCGGACCAACUGAGCUACCAGAGCAGUAUCAGUCCCCCGGUGAACCUGACGAGUCAGCCGGCCUACAAGUACGCCCCGUUCCCGGGAAAGGUCGCUUACCCUUUCCUGGUGAAUCACGAAACGCAGCAGAACAGCAUCCUCGAUAACCUCAAGAUGCCCCAGAUAUCGCAGUCCCCGAAGGACUUCACCAACCAGAUCCAGAGUCCCAAGGUCACCGGUUUCAGGCCCGAUCUGUCCCCCGUUUAUCCGAACCUCCCGUACAACCCGAUCUCCGUAUUUCCGCCGAUGGCCGAGGCCCUGACGCGACCCCGGUUCCUCGCGACCGCGGGAGUCACCGGAUUGUUGCCGCCCUCGUUCGCGGCUCUGACGCUGCCCGCUCAGAACGUCUGUGCCAAGUGUAAUCUGUCCUUCCGGAUGACAUCCGAUCUCGUCUAUCACAUGCGGUCGCAUCACAAGAGCGAAAACGCCGGCGAGGCGGCGCGGAGGCGUCGGGAGGAGAAACUCCGAUGCCCCGUAUGCGACGAGAGUUUUCGGGAGCGACACCAUCUGACCAGGCACAUGACGGCGCAUCAGGACAAGGAGAGCGACGCGAUCGUCGAUCAGGUCGAGAUCAAGAGGCGUGCGGCUGUGGUGCACGGCAAAUGACAUCGCAAGGUCAGAAACGAUAACAAUAUAUUAGGUUACGGUUACGGAAACUCAUAGGAGCGAGGGGUUCGUUCGCGGGUGGCGUCUCGGUUGUUUACCUCUUUUCGAGAGACGCGUCGCGGGGAGUUCAAAGUAUCAGGCGCGAUCGAAUUUAUCACGGUGGACGACGCGCGUCGCGCCGCGAUCUUCGUUAGCUUUUACAUUAAAUCAAUCGAAAAUAAUCAAUAAUCGUAAUCUGUAAAUCGUAGCGUAGAAAGAAAACCGUACAUUCCCUGUCUGGUCAAUAUUAGAUAGGUAAAUUUGUAAAUAUUAUUCUAUAGCAACGUACUUUUAGCGUAAAUAGACCCCAAAGUCAACGGCGCAAUUUUCCGAGUUCUCGCCGCCUCUCGUUAAGCCGUCGAUUAGGCGUCGGGAACUUGAGGGGAAAAUGACGGGGGAAAACGAUAUAAGUAUAUACAUUACAUGUAUAUAUAUAUAUAUAUGAUAUCCGAGCGAAUGAAUAAGAAGGUGGAAGUCGUCCUCCGUCGCGCAUCUGGGCGGUAGGAUGCGGAUCCAUCGGAUCCCCGGUCAGCGACGGUAGCCGGGGUGAUAUCUGCGGGGCAAUAAAUAGAUCAUAAAUUGUAGCGGUGUCUCACAUAUAAACCUUUGGAGCGCGCAUAAUGGUGGGAAACAAUGAAUACCGUAAUCGGAAACAGUGCUGGUUUGUUAUCUGGCGUUUACACUCCAUUUAACUUGAAACACCGAAUCGCCCAACGUGCGCAUUCGCGUUUUAAAUACACGCGACCUACACCCGCUUACCACGUCCACCCGCGCCCACACUCCCGUCCGCCGAGGACCCUCGACGAAUCCACGCCUCGCGGCUUAACAUAGGGUUAAACCUGCCCUACAAAUGGUUUAAUAUUGUCCGAAAUUACGUAAUUUAUCGUCCUCGUGCACUUGUAAGCGCUCUCCUGAUUCGAAGACCGAACCGGGGUGUGUUUGACGACGUAACGCAUAUACGUACGUACGUACUACAUCUACGAUACAUCCGUAUCUACCGAUGGACGCGUAGCUCGUACUUUUAAACGAGUUCGACUCCGCGACCGAUGAGUUUAACGGAGUGGUCAGCCGAACUAGCGACCGCAGGAUCGACCGUUUGUAAAAACUUGUAUAAUUCCGUGUGAAUUCGACUCGCCGUGGUAUUAUUCACAGCAGCAGCGACGGGAAACUAGAUCGUCGUUCGGUUGGGGAAUUUUUUUUCAACAGCCGACAACCGAUCUCGCAGACGCGCGCGGCGUGAGACGCGAAUGUACGACAAUACGCGUCGUAACCUGGACGAAAUACAAUUUCGGACGAGAGUAGAGGAGUCCCGAUUCUCGGUGGCGAACGAAACGAGCGAGGUGAAUCAAUGAAGAAUAAUGCUCGAUAAUCGGGCAGUGUACCGUGAUCCGACCGAUAGCGGGGCUACGUCGCGGAGAUCUGUUUUUGAUUGUUUCGAAAUUACAAUGACUUUUUUAUGGAAAUUUAUGAUUUAUUCAGCCGCCGCGCUGUAGCGGCGCGCGGAAUGUCAAUAGGAGUUUUCGUUGAGGUGACGCGGUGAUCGUUUCGUGCGCGACGGCAGAUGCCACGCGCUAUCUUUUACGCGUAGCCUUCGAAAAAUCAUCAUUCAUCGGCUAAUAAAUUGGCGGGCCGUUUCGCGAACGCCCGCAUUUGUUAUUGUAUAUGACCCCGCUGUAUUCAAAUGUCGCGUUCAGACUGUAGAAUAUAGUGUACGAUAUCGAUUUGUUACCAUUAUUCAUGUUUACUUUUAUUCGAUGUAAAUUAUUUAUUUUCUCUGUGUAUAAAACUCGUUGUAUGAUUUCACUGUAAAUAUUAUUAUGUAUAUAUGAAUAUUGUAUAUGUAUCUUGAAUCAUUGUUAAUUAAUAAAAGAAUAUCCGUAAAAUA